AUGCUUGUGGCCGCCUCUGUCGUCUUUCUUUACUAUACCAUCUGGACGCUGGCAAUGCCCUUUGUCGAUGCAGACCACCCCCUUCACAGCAUCUUCCCGCCGCGCGUCUGGGCCAUUCGCAUCCCCGUCAUCUUGGUCCUUCUCGGCUCCGCUGUCGUGGGCUCCUUCCUCAGUGUUGUCAUGAUCCGAAGCAACCGCAAGAAGGCUGCAAAGGCUGCCGCUGCCAAGAAGAAGGCUUAA